GAGUCCUUGGGUUGGUAGUCUAGCGAAAAUAGUAUUAUCCCACUCUAUAGAUUGGUACAACGCAUUGUACAAAAGCAUGUGCGCCAAACGAUUGUGAUCUAGAUAGCUUAUGACUGCCAGACAUUUUACAGAAAGAGAAAUUUCACUUAAACAGUGGCAUGCCGAUAAUAUUGAGUGAAACCGAGAGAUAAAUUGUACCAUUGACUCAAGGCUCGGAUUGAAAACUCUAAGUGUAUGCAAACCGAGGCAUAAGAGGAUACGUGCGAGUAUAGCAGCGGUGGCCGAUGGGAUACUGAGAACACCGGCCAUAAGAUAAAAGCUGAGGUGCACUCGACCUCCAAAUUAUCUCAAACAUCUCACAACUCAAUUUCUCAAAUUUACAUACAUCGCACUCCAAGGCAUCUGUAUUCGACCGAGUAUACAAUGACAAGCCACAGAUCCGAAUCGAAAGCAACGAUCAAAGUCCGACCACCUCCAUCAUUCAUCGGCGGGGUGCAAGACAAAUCAUGGACUCCUACUCCAGAGAACUGGCUCUAUGGAGCGUGGUACAUGACCCAUACUUCUCAACAAUAUUACUGGGAGCGUACGAAGAACUUUGUCAUUCAAUAUGAACCGGUCAUGAAUGGAGUCUGGCCCUGUACAAACCAAGAGCUGGUAUCUCUUACUCCCCUCAACCAGCCAGAACGUAUUUACACCGCCUUUGGAAUUGACUCCCCCAUUGCUGGCCUCGAUGAUGCUUGGCUGUGCCAAUGUACAGGACAUCUGAGCCAUAUAUCAGACCACGUUGCAUUUCUGGCCUGGGGUGCCGACUUGCAAAAUGUGGACUGGGUCGUGCUGUAUUCAACUCCACUGCCAGGAGCUACAGUGGGUCUUCCUGCACAAGUUGCGAUCAUGAGUCGCGAACGUUUCGGUCCGGACAAUACGAUGGUGGAAGCAAUCAAAGAAGCUCUUUGCGCUGCGGGCAAUUCGGAGUUGACCAAGCUGGUGGAUAAUUUGCGGCCUUUGUUGCAAGAAGAUCUCGGAAGUGGGCGGCCGACCUGUGAAUACCACGUGGUACAAAAUGUAGAUUCUUUGACUAGAUUCUGAUAUAUCUACAACACAGAUAACGGAAAAGCGUAAAAUGAAAUUGCCAACCAAGUCUAUUAGCCAUUCACAGAACGUCAGAAUGACAUUUCGUGGAUGUGGUUAUGAAGGCGAUCUGCGCGCCUUCGUCUUGCGCCACUUAUUACAUAUUGUAGCACUCAAAAUAAAGUUUAGGGCUAACUCCGGGAAACCAAAAUGCCACCUUUACUACUAAUCAGCAGCAUUGAUCAUCAAGGGAGAAGGAAAUCUGCAAUGUGUAACAAUGAAGUAGAGUUUGACUUGAAAGUAUAAAGUGGAAAACAAUCUGCGUGAAAAUGGGGGGCUUCCUGUGAAUGCAAUGAUCACCGCUCGUUUUAAGAUUGGGAGGAUAAUGUUUGCUUGUUUGAGAUCAGCUGGGGGAGACUCCGACAUGCAUGUAUUUUUGAAGGGAAAGAUCCAAAGACGGAAACAAUUCAUCCCAAUGGCAUUCUAGUGUGAAGUUUGAACAAGAUGAAUCCUGACGGGAGCGAUUGGAAUGGCGACACACUAGUUGGGUUUAAAGCUUAUGUGAAAUCACGGAAAACCAAAACACCGAUCCAGGCACUUACAACAGAUAAUCACCUGUCA